AGUGACCUGGAAUGAAUUUGAAUACCGCUGGCGAAUAAGCAAAAAGAAAAACCGAAAAAGAAAAUAAAAAACCCAAAAACACCAAUCCGCAAAACCCUCUCGUUUGAUUUUUGAGUUGAAUCCAGAUUCCAGAAGGAGAAAGAGGGAGCUUUUCAGUUUAAAUCCCCUUAAUCUCAGUAAAGAACUUAAAAAAACAGAUACCCAUUUCAAAUUUCUCUCUUGGGCUUUCAGAUUUUUCAUUUUUUCUUCAACAUUAUUCUCCAUCUGUAAUACUUUCUCUCUCUGGCCUUUCAGAUCCCUGCUUGAUUCAAUGGAUUUCUGAGCAUUUAUGGUUCUUUAGUUUAGUGGGCUGCCACCUUGCAACUUUAAGUUUGUGAUGGAUGCAAACAAUCAAAUACGCAUUUCUGAGAAUGGGUUGGGAUAUGAAAAUGGGCUUGACAAACAACUCCAUGCCGUUGGGGAAGACGUUGAUCAGUCUGAUGGCAUGCUGAAUGGAAGUUCCACUAUUGAGGAAGUUGAAGGGAAUUUCCAGAAUGCUAUUAAUUUGAAUGAUGAUAUGGCUAUUGACUCUUCUGUCCAAGAGGUCAUACAUGAGUCAACAGUGCCUCUAGAAAGCAAUUCCUGUGCUGGUUCUAAGGAAUCUGAAGUUAAAACUUCUGGAGAGUCCAAGAGUGGUAAACUACAAAAGGCUCCUGGCAAGCCCAAAAGUGUGAAACUUUCUAACCCCAAGCAUGCUAUGGUUGCUGGGUCAAAGAAGGGCAAAGAUGGAAAGGACAUUUCUUCCAGUUCUGUAAUUUCAAAUGGCACGUCAGCAUCAAGGGCUAAACAGCCUUCUGCUCCUAUUGAAAAGAGUAAAUCAUUUAAUGAAAGGAAAACUGGUGAGUGCAAUUCAAAGCGAGAACCUUCUGUAGUGAAGGUUAAUCAUGAUAAGGAGCAUUCUGGACGUCCUGAUACAACUUCCUCAAGUGUUGCACAGCGUGAGGUCCAUAAGGAAAAACCACUACUAAAACCGCUGAAGAAGGGCCCUCCCAAAAAAUCUGAAGCAACGGGUCAAUCUUCUUUAAGUCCUACUGCUGCAGAUACAAAGUCUCACAGAGAGGGUACUCUUCCAAGCUAUGGUUUCAGUUUCAAGUGUGAUGAGAGGGCUGAGAAAAGGAAAGAGUUCUACACUAAACUCGAGGAAAAGAUCCAUGCUAAGGAAAUGGAGGAGACUAAUUUGCAAGCACAAACUAAGGAAUCACAGGAAGCUGAGAUUAAAAUGUUAAGAAAGAGCUUAAAAUUCAAAGCCACUCCAAUGCCAAGCUUCUAUCAGGAACCACCUCCACCCAAGGUUGAGCUGAAGAAGAUUCCACCAACGAGAGCCAAAUCUCCCAAGCUUGGUCGGAGAAAGACGUCAUCGCCUAACAGAGAUGGGAAAAAUGACAAUGCCUUGCAGACUAGUAGGCUAAGCCUUGACGAGAAGCCCUCCCAGGAUAACCUUGCCAGACGACGAUCUCUCAUCAAUGUUAAAAAGCCUCAGCGGAAGUCCCUUCCUAAGCUGCCAUCUGAGAAAACCUACAUAUCCACCGAAACAAAGAAAGCUUCCCCUAUCAAAACUAGCAUAUCCGAGGAUGAUUCCCAGCCCAAUAAUGUAGCCAAAGUAACUGGUGAAGCUGCGUUUCAGCAAAAUAACACUUACGAACAGACCAACGAAGCUGAAGAUGUUCAGGCGGCAGUGGCAUUCGUUAAAUCGAGUGAGACUGAGCCCAAGGAAAACGACAAGUUUGUAAUUGAAGCCCAGGCAGAUAUCACAGUGGAGCAUUAAGAGCAAGCAAGCACUGAAAAGCUAAAACUAUUGUAUAUUUAUAAAGCAGCCGUAACGCCCUUCAUGCCCAAAACACCAGAAAGGCCUGAAUAAGAUGAUUCAUUUUACAGAUAAAAGGGCAUGAAAGAUAUCUAGUAGGGGGAUGAUGUGUGUUCUGUCCAUAUUCAGCAACAAUGUUUGGUUGUCUUAUAUGCGUUCUCUUCCUAGAUUGUCGAGUGUGAUCACUUCGAACUGCAAGCGAAACUGUAAAAUCUCAAGGUAAUUAGCAUCUCGAUUUGUUGGUCAUGGUUCAUGAUUACAUGUGCUCUAGUUAACUCACACCAGACUAGCUGAACAAUGGUUUUGGGGAGUUUGGGUUGCAGUGGUUGAAACUGUUUGGAUGACCUUGCCUAUUGUUUGUUAAUUAAGGUGUGUGUCUAUAUUUGCUUAGAGAAUUCUUUUUCUUCGCCGCAUUAGUUUUCCUGCCCUUCCCCUCUCUUGAUGUGUUGUGUUAUACAGAACUAUAUAUCAGUGUAUAACCUUUAAUUGUACAUUUAUUGAAGAUAUAUGGAUUGUUGUAUUGCA